UAAUUGGACCACUUGAGGAGGUUUGAAAAGAAAAGUUACACAUUUCCCAUCUGAGCUGCUACGAGAUUAAAUAUCUGGAAGACUCAUGGUGAGAUCUGUGCUGAAAAUCGAGAAGGAUGUCCUCACUGCAGUCAGAACACGGCGCUGUAGACCCCAACAGUCAGAGUUUCUGGAUGCCUGGGAACUAUCAGCACACUGUGAAGCGAACAGAAGACACCUUCCACGCCUGUAGUGACAUUGUGGCGUGUUUCCGGGAGAGAGCACGUGUGGAGCGGCAGUACGCCCAGCAACUCCGUGAUUGGAGCAACAAGUGGAAGCCAGUGGUGGAGUCCAGUCUACUGUACGGGUCGCUUCGAAAGGGCUGGCAGGGGUUUCUGUCCUCCGCUGACCGUCUAGCUGCCUCACACACCUCCGUCUGUUGCUCCCUGGUGUCAGAGGAUGGAGACCGGGUCCACACCUGGCAGAAGAAUAACUUCCAUAAAAAGUUGUUUGGAGGCUUCAAAGAGUCCCAUGAACUCAAGAAGUCAUUUGCACAUGCUCAGAAACCCUGGGCCAAACGCCUUAAGAAGCUGGAAAAAGCCAAGAAGGUGUAUUUUAAGGUGAGCUGUAAGGAGCAGGAGGCCAGAGAUCGAGACGCUCACGCUCAGGGAAACCCGGACUUCACCAUCGAGAAGCAGAAGAAGAUCGAGGAGGACAGAAUGUUGGCUCACCAUGAGACCGUGAAGGCACGUGCUCACUACGAGAACGCUCUGGAUGACGUGAAUCAGUACGCUCCUCGCUACAUGGAAGCCAUGGAGUCUGUCUUUGAGCAAUCACAGGAUGAAGAACGCAACAGGAUUGUCUUCCUCAAACAGGCCUUCCUGUCCCUCCACAAACACCUGGACACAGCCAACGAUGAGGGUGUGAAGACCAUAUACAAUGAGCUUCACGACAAGCUCACGGCCAUCGACGAGCAGCAGGACCUCCUCUGGUGGAGGAACACCUACGGGCCCGGCAUGCCCACCGACUGGCCUCGCUUUCAGGAAUGGAGACCUGCAAAGGAAAACAUGAAGAGAGUGAAACAGAAAGAAACCACAGAGAAGGCCGUGAUGAUUGGAGGAGUCCGGGUGCGAGCGCUGUACGACUACAUCGGUCAGGACACAGAGGAGUUGUCCUUUCAAGCAGGUGAAGAGUUUCUGAAGGUAAAGGAUGCAGACGAGCAUGACUGGUGUUGGGGGAAGAAGGCAGGAGGCACUGAGGGAUAUUACCCCGCCAACUACGUGGAGGUGGUCUAGUCAGGACGUGGAGACGGAAGACAUGCCUUAGGGACAAAACAGCUUUUAUUAUCGGCCUCCAAGAAUUACAUGUAUCUUGAAGGAUUUUGAGAAAUAAUUUUAUACAGAGUGCGUAGAUGACUUUAAGUCGUAUCAUAAACAAUAGUUUCAUGUAAGUCAGAACCUGUAAACUAUGUUGGACUAUAAAUGUACAACAACGACAGAUAAUGCAUUUCAACAUUUGCAGUAUUUUUAUUUUUAACUUGGUUUAACAGCAUAUUAUAGCUGAAAGCAAAUAAGCUUUGUCUCAGCUGUGACAUUGAUGUUUCCGAGUCCUCGCCCUCUGAGACUGAUUGACGCCUGAGGAGAUCUUACGGAGUCUUGAGGUCAGUGCACAGAGGUGUUUGGUGAUAGUGAUACCUUUUGAUUGAAGGUCCAAGUCUUUAGGGUCCUGGUGUUUCCAGUUAUAUGACUCCAAGUUGAGAAGACAUGCCUCUUAGACUCCACCCCGCCUGUAGGUCCCCUGAAAUCAGAUCUGACAGUCUGCAACUCAACAUCACAUUUGUUAUUUGCUUGUAAUGCUUUUC